ACUUUAAUGAGAUCUCUCUUGAAGAAUGCAAUGAAACAUUUCUUUCAUACGACCUCGCCCUAAAUAUUAAAGAGGCUAGUGGUAGAAGCUCAAAAUCCAUCCUCACUACUAUGAGUUCCCCGCUUUCGUUUGGUGAUGCCCUCGCCCUUGUUCAGGUGGCUCUAGAGCUCUAUAAUCAAAUCAGGGAUGGCCCAGAACUCUUGAGAAAUCUUGGCGAAGAGAUGAAGAGUCUAGAGUUGUUCAUACUCAGUGUCAAAGAACUGGUAAAUGAAGAAACUAAUAGCGCUUUGGCAAGACUGCGACCGAUGUUGACAGAGCAGGCAAGGGCAGAUAUCAAGAAUCUGGAAAAGAGUGCCCGGCCAAUCAAAGACUUAUUUUGGAAAUAUACAAAUGAUCAAGGCCCAUUCGGUGUUACAUUCCGGUUCAAGACUGCAACAGACAUCUAUUUCGCCCUGGGAUACAACAAAGAGACACUCAACGAGAUGCGCGACACAGUUGACCGCUCAAAGCAGAAGCUGAUGCAAACUUUGCAGCUAAUGGGCAUCUUUGGUACUAAUGCCCUUCUUUCCAAUAUUCGGAACAACAAUCCUCCACCUCAAGCCGGGCCAAAACUGCGGGUAGACCAACAAGACGGUGCUAAUCACAACGCUGUUGGUGUUAUCUACGUGGACCCCUACAAUCUCGGACGCAGCAGAGUUUCAGAAGCUUACACUAAGCUGGCAAAAGAAUGGACGGUGGGAACCGGAGGGAAAUGGCCUGUCGCUUUUGCGCAUUCAGCUGGUUUUUUUGUCCGGGAUCGCAGCGACUGCAUCGAUAUCCUAGAACGCUUAACUCUGCAAUCAACACAAGACUUCAGUCGAGGGAAUAAACUGCCAGCGGAAGUAGCAAUGGCUGCACUUUUCGAAAACAAAUUCUUCAACUAUCCGUAUAAAGCGAAGGUCAAGGAUGCAAUGAUGGCACAGAGGUCUAGAGGUAUCACAAAGAAUAUCUUCAAGGUCGACUACAUCCUCGUUUUCACAAGGCGGGAGUACAACAAUCUUCUUCAGCUACGAAAAGCACUAUUGGGGUUGUAUGGAACUGGGAUGGUACCAGAGGGUAAAGGCCGGAUUGUUCAUCUUGGGCAGUACCUAGCGCAGGGCAAGACGGUUGAGAUCGUUGACGCGAUGAAGGACAACAAUGGCAAUCCAAGUCGUGAGAACUGGAAUAAAACGGUGGGCGAGAUCAAGACGGCUAUUAAAGGGUUUCUGAAAGAAGAAUUGAAUUGGAAACAACCGGAGCGGUUUGCGAAACAAUCAUGAAGCAAAUUAACUACACUUUCAGAUAAAUACAUCAAGAAAAGGACAAGUCUGGAUGUGCAGUAGGGCCCACUCUAAACGUGCAGUACACAACUGUUAGCAGGGUAUUCCAGCUGACUACAACAUCUGCACACUGUAUACAUUGAAAAACGCACCAAAAUCAAGGGUUAUAAGGUGUAAGGUUAUCGUAAGUUGUUAGCCAACGCCUUUUUCAAUCAUAUAUUUCAAAA